AUGGCACGUCUGGCCCUGCCCGUUUUCCUCCUUCUCUGCUUCUCCCUGCUCCACCUCGGCUCCAGCCGCCCGUCUCGCAGCAGGAAGGCUGUGUCAGCUCGUCAGUCCGGAGCUGCCGAGGAAGAUGAUGUGAAGUCCCAGCUCGAGAGGUUGUGGCUGGAGGUGAACUCACUGAAAGAGAUGCAGGCGUUGCAGACAGUCUGUCUCCGUGGCAUCAAAGCUCACAGGAAAUGUUACCUAACCAUCGAGGAGCCCAAACAUUACCAUGAGGCGAAUGAAAACUGCAUCGCCCAGGGGGGAACCCUUGCAACGCCGAGGGACCUGAUGGAGAACAAUGAACUGUGGGACUAUGCGAAGAGGAGCGCUCCGGGAUCCAAGGACUUCUGGAUCGGCGUGGCAGACAUAGUGAAAGAAGGCCAGUAUGUUGAUGUCAACAGCUUGCCCGUCAGCUUUUUACACUGGGACCGCUCCAAGAAGCAGCCCACAGGAACGAAGAGGGAGAGCUGUGUUGCCCUGUCAGUGGCUGCACAGGGAAAGUGGUACGAUGAGGUGUGUCGCAACCUGAAGAAUUACAUCUGUGAAUAUGUCAUUCCUUAA